UAAACCAUUGCUAACUUAGAAGAUAAAGAAGUGUUUUUUUUUGUUGGUGUGUUCUUUCUACAUAAAAAUUUGGUUGCCGAAAUAAAUCCUUUUCACGUGAAUUUUUCUCUUUGCAAAAUCGCCAAAAUUUUCAAUUGCAGGCCUUCAAUUCCUUGACAAUGACAAUGAAAAUCUAACUACUCAUAAUAGUAAUAACAAUAACAAGAGCAAAACGCAACAUUUUCACUGCUUCUGAUUGAAAUGAGAGUAUUUUAACCUUGAAACUGCGGCGGCAAAAGAUCGAUUUUAAUUUAAAAAAAAAAUCGGUGUGGUACAGCACAUUUCGUGUGUUGAGUGUGUGUUUUAUCUGAUUCGAAACAUUUGUAAAAAAAUAAUGACCGAUUCGAAUUGGGAAGCACUGGCCGAGAUUUAUGUAAGACAAGGCGUUCCUGAGCUCGACGAUCGGGAAUAUACGCUGUGCAUGUGCAGUCGAGUAUUGGUCAAAAAUCAAACCGAAGCCGUUGUAAUUGAACAAGAGGAAUUGAGUGAAGCAUAUGAUAUGUUUAAUGAACAAUAUUGUGACAAUCACGUAACAACCAUGAAUCGAAAAGAACAUUCACAAGAGGAAGAGGAUUCCGAUGCGAAUAGUUGUUAUUUUUCGGCAAGUGCAUCGCAUACCGAUAAUUAUUGUACAACUGAUGAACACGAACGAGACAGUGGUGCCGAUAUAUCUGAAUACCAUGGCGUUGCGAGUACAUCACGUGAAAUUUUCAAACGAUCACAUCGUGACGAUGGUAGCAAAAGUAGUUCAACAAGUAUUGAACGUGACCAAGUAAAUAGUUUAUCAGAAAUACGCGACGACAAAGAUAUUCACGGACAAUGGGAUAAAUUUUGGUCGGAAAAUUGUGAACGCCUAAUAUGGACAUCAUGGAUUGAAAAUUAUUCGGAUUUUAUUAGUCCCGAAUAUCAGCAUUUAGGAUCGGAUAGUUCGAUGGCCGAUGAAAAGGCACAACCAAAAUGUGACGAGAAUAAAAAAGAGAGCUCAAGCAAUUCAACAACUGAAUCAUCACCGUCAAUCGAAAACCGUGGUGGUAUGGCAAUUAUCGUCUCAACCUAUUCACCCGAUAUAACCGAAAGAAAAGCAAUCAACGAAACAACCGAUGAUGCAAAUCCAUCCGAUUCAAAUGUAAAAGAAAUGAUGGACAGUUUAGUAUUGCCACGAUGUGAUUCAGUGUCUUCAAGCAUUCCAAUGACAAUUAAUACAACCGAUUCAAUGACCAAUGUCACACAAAUUUCAUUGUCUAGUUAUGGUUUCUGCAGUAGCCGCAUUACCUCAUCGGAAAAUUCACAGUUGUCAGAAAGCACACCAUCAUCACUAUCGGCACCAUUCAAUUUUGACGAAGAGGAAGCGACCCGAAUUGAAAUGACAAACGAUGAAUUUUCAUCCGAUCAUCAAUGGCAAAUGUUGUGGCAACAACAUUAUCAAGAACAGUACAAUAAACAUUACACCGAAUUUAUCGCUGAACGAAAACGGAAAAUAUGCACGUUAAACAAAGACACCAAAUCAAUAGCUAGCGAACCAAUCAAUACCGAUGACGAUGAAUUAGAAUUAACCGAACUUAAGCAAUUGGCCGAGCUUGGUUUGCCCACAUCGUUUGGUGGUAAAUACAAUAAAGGUAAUUUCAAGCAUACAAUCGAACGUCAACCGGAAGAACCAAAUACAGAUCGUGUGAAAGCCGCAUUCACUCUCAUGGGAUACUCAUUUCAAAAUGAUUGUUCACAAGAUACAAACGGUCAUGUUAUGUACAGAAAACGAAAUAUUCGCUUGCAUAAUAAUAUGUUGAAAAUGAAGAAAAAACGCAUCGACCUCGAUAGUUCGGCUCGUGAUGAGGCGUUAUUGAAUUUAAUCGCCGACUCAUCAUCGGAUGAAGCGGAUAAACUCGUUCCCAAUAUUAGCAUCAUGAAACAAGAAUCACCCGAACAAAAUGCACAAAAAGACGACGAAAGCAAUGCUGCUUUUGACAGCACAAACACCAUAGAUGAACCAAUAGACAAAGUGACCGAUGCAAAUGAUAAAUCCAACAAUGCCGAAGAAAAUCAAAAUAAUAAAUGUGAUAUUGACGUUGAUGAAACGCAAAAAGAUGAAACGGCAAGUGUGACACACAUUGAAGAUAAUAUUUGCGAAACAGUUGCUCCCAAAUCGAAUAGUAAAAAAAUGAAGAAAAAGCGACGCCAAAAUAAAAUGCUAGCCGGUUUACCAGCGGAAAUUGCGAACGAUCGAACACUCUAUAAAUAUUGGUGCAAACGUUUUUCACUAUUUUCUCUAUUUGAUUUGGGCAUUAAACUGGACCGAGAAAGUUGGUUCUCGGUAACACCGGAAAAAGUUGCAAUCUACACAGCAAUGCGUUGUCAAUGUGAUGUGAUUGUGGAUGCAUUUUGUGGUGCUGGCGGAAACACCAUUCAAUUUGCAAAAACGUGCCAGCGUGUUAUUGCGAUUGACAUUGAUGAGAAGAAAAUUGAAAUGGCUAAGCAUAAUGCAAACAUCUACGGAGUUGCUGAACGUAUUGAAUUCAUCGUGGGCGACUAUUUUGAGUUGGCAUCGACUUUGAAGGCGGAUGUUGUGUUUUUAAGUCCACCAUGGGGUGGCCCACAGUAUCUUAAAGAAGAUGUAUAUGACAUUGAAAAGUCACUGCUUCCAUUGCCCGCUUCGGACCUAAUGUCGUUCACACGAAAAAUAACACCAAACAUUGCCAUCUAUUUGCCUCGCAAUACGAACACUUUUCAACUAGCAAAACUUGCUGGUCCCGGAAAUACCGUUGAAAUUGAACAAGGAUUUUUGGAUCGAAAACUAAUUGCCAUUACCGCAUUUUAUGGUAGUCUUUUGAAAAAAUCUGCGGCCUAAAUCUCGUGUUGAUAUUCUCUACAGCAUCAAUUUCAAUGGCAGAUUCAAUCAACAGUGAGCAAUAUUACAUAUAUUGACCAAGAUUUUAAUCAACACACUGUUUUAAAACUUUAACUUUUUGUUUCGCUGGAAACAAACAUGCCAAGCUUUUGAUAGCCAAAUGUUUUUUUUUUGUUUUUCUAUUUUGAAAAAAUAUGAUUAAAUGCACACAAAACAAAACGAAUCUGACUUACGUUUAAUUGGAAAAAUAAAUUAGCACAAAGUGUUCUCAAUUAGUUAUUAUCAUAUCGCAAUAUGUAUAUUCAAGCGUUAGCUAAAUUUGGCUUCCAUUUGAUUUAAAAUCCAUUUCUUAUUUUAGUCUGACAUUAAACAGAGAAUUUUUUUCUGAACAACAGGUAUUUCUUUGGAACAUUUUACAUUUAGAUUUUCUUUAUUAAUAAAUCUUUGUAUUUUAUGUUGUUUUGAAUUUUGUUUAAGCUUGUACAAUAGAUUACAGAAUCCUCCGUUUUUGUAUCGCUUUGCAAUAAUAAAAGACAUUUUUUCAAUUUUAUAAGCCAAGAAUAAACACUAUGUUCAUGAAAAGUAUCUUUGCCGGAUGUAAGUUGAAAAUUGUGUAACGAAAUCGAAUCAUUUCAAAAUAAAAGAGAUAUUGAAAAAAGUAUGUG